GGGAGAUGUUUGCUUGGCAAGAUGUGCACAGAAGCCCAUCUAUUGAGUCCGGUGUCCAGGGCAGAGUCCAUUGAGCCGGUGAUCAGUAAUGGUGAUGCUUCUUCCUACAUCUACGGCCCCAAUGGGCAUGAGGCGGCGCGGCGCCCGUCCUUGGGCGGUGCUGUCGAGCCGCCGCGGAGCGGCAGCCUCCGCAGCUCGGCGUUGCUGUCGAUGGUGCCGAAGGCCAGCGCUGCGAGCUCACAGAUGAGGCGGGACGAAUCCUUUGCCUCGGAUGACUCCCAUGAUCAAAAGGAUGAUUCCAAGCGGGGCUUCGACCAGGUGGUGCCCCACCAAGACACUGCCCGGGCCAAAGCUUCGUUGCACCAACGACGGAGGAGCACAGUGGAAUGCCUGAUGAACUUGCACGGGCAGGAUGAUGAUGCUAUGAUGAACUCAGGGGAUGAUUUGGAUAUCACACGGAUCGAAUUGAAGCCGCAUGAGUUCUGGGUGCGCGCCUUUCAAGGUCAUGAUGUAACGGCAGCCAUGCGUCGCCUGAAUCAGGAGCGAAUGGCCUACGGUGGCGACGAGGACAAAACCUUGGACAGCGAAAUGCCGCUGGAGAGGACCGCUACAAUGAUCCAUCCGGGCGGCACUUUUCGCAUGGUUUGGAACAUCUUGGUGGCACUCUGCUUGGUGCAUGACCUGGUUGUGAUCCCUCUCUAUGUCUUCGACAUCCCAGACUCUGCAGUCUUGAUCACCUUGGAGUGGUGCACCCAGCUCUUCUGGAAUUUUGAUAUUCUCCUCUCCAUGCAUACAGGAUACUACUACAAAGGUCUCCUCAUCAUGAGUGCGCGGAAAGUGUUCCGCAACUAUGUACGCACGUGGAUGGCCUUAGAUGUGACGUUGGUGUCGCUGGAUUGGAUCUUCGUCAUCUUGGAAGUCUCCGGCAUUCAGAUCACCUCAGUGGCGCAGCUCUCAAGGACGAUCCGGUUCUUACGUUUUCUCAGGCUGGUGCGCAUCUUGCGCUGGGUGAAGCUCCGUCGUAUGGCCGAAAUGUUUCAAGAGCUGAUUCAGUCACAAUCUGCCGGCAUGUAUUGGAGCUUGGUCUUCGGCAUAGCGCGCUUACUCAUCCUCAACCAUUUGGUCGCGUGUGCCUGGUUUGGACUCAGCCGGAUUCAGGGAGAGGUGAAUUGGGUCGAAGCUCAUGGCUUGACAGACAAGAGCUCCUUGCACAAGUAUUGGACCUGCUUGAAUUGGGCCUUUGCUCAGUUGGGCGUUGGCUUGUCAGACAUCACCCCCAGGACGACCACCGAGACCUUCUUCUCGGUGUUGAUCGCCUUCAGGUCUCUGAUCACGUGCACGACGUUGAUCAGUCGCAUGACAUCUUUGAUGACUGCCUUGAUCAAGACCAAGGAAGACGAGGAACGGGAGUUUCGCUUGCUGCGGAGCUAUUUGGUCUACAAUGAGAUUCCACACAGCCUGGGGCAGAAGGUGACUCGAUUCUUGCAGCACCAGUUCAAUCUCCGGGUACAAGCAAAGUCGGCCGAUGUCCAUGUGCCACUCCUGGAAUUGCUCUCACAUCGACUGCAGGGAGAGUUGCAGUUCGCCCGGCAUCAGAAAUCCCUCUACCAACUGGAGUUCCUGGACCACUUGAUGCACGAGAAGGACCUCCAAAUUGUCCAUGCCAUGCAGGACAUCUCCAUGAAGGCCCUGAUAAGCGUGCCUGUGGCGGCCAAAGACAUCAUAUUCCUGGGAGGGAACCUGGCCGGGAAGUCCUAUUUGAUUCUCACUGGCGAGUUCGCGUACUACCACGAGAAGGGGAAGGUGACGUUGGACAAUGAUGCGGGCUGGAUCGCAGAGAUGUGUUUGUGGACACCGUGGGUCUAUUUGGGUGAUCUUUUAGCUCAAGAUGUCUCGCGCAUCGCGUGUUUGGAUUCAGCGCUCUUCGGGCAAAUCCUCGGGCAAUGUCAGCCAGCGCAGGAAUCGGCGAAGGAGUACGCGCGGCACUUCAUCUCCGGGAUGCGACGGAAGAGGUAUUGGACGGACUUGGUCGCCGAUGACCUCACCGAGGAGGCGGAGAACAGCUCCUUUGGGACCGUGACCCAUUUGCCCACUCUCAACAAGGAUCGUGCACAGAAGGGCUCGAAGUGCUGCCCCCUUUUUUCACGAAAGAGGAAGGUGGUGCAUCAUGAAAGCACCAAGUGAGCGCAGCCAGCGCUGCAGCGACCGACGGCCAGCGCCGUUUCGAAGGUGGGAUGGCUUUAUUUUGUUUCCAG